GCGGAUUUGGCUCUGUGGAUUCGGUGCGACAAGAAAAUAAUGAACCAGACUUCGAAUCUGGGCUGAAUAUAGUCCUCGGCCGCUGCGCAUUCUUCCCGGCCUCGCCCAGAAAGUGGGUAUCGACAAGCUGUUCAUGAAAGAUGAAAGCAAGCGUUUUGGCUUCGACAUGGGCUCCUUCAAAGCACUGGGCGCGCCUUACGCCGUCUACAAGAUUCUGGCAGAUGAGGUUUAUUCGAAGAUAGGAGUGUGCCCUUCAUCAGCUGAGCUUCGCCUUUUGAAAUACCGCGACAUCACCUAGCGAGUCACCGUGAGCGUUGCCACGGACGGUAACCAGGGCCGCGGUCUUGCCUACGGAGCUCAAGUCUUCGGCUGCCGCUGUGUUGUCUAUAUCCAUGGCCAUGUCAGUGAUGGCCGUGCCGACCGGAUGAAGGAGCUUGGGGCCAUCGUCAUCCGUAUCGAUGGAGAAUACGAAGCAUCCGUGGCACGCGCCAAGAAAGAUGCCCGAAUGAACGGGUGGUACUUUGUCAGUAGUACCUCUUGGUCCGACUUUGACAACGAUGUCCCUCAACACGUCAUGAACGCAUACAUGGUCGUCUUAGACAAGGCGCUGAGUAUAAUCCCCACGGUGGACAAAAUCACACACGUCUUCGUGUGCGGCUGUGUAGGAAGCAUUGCAGCAGCCAUCUUUCAGGGAUUCUACAACCAUUUCCAUGAAAUUCAACAGUCCUCCGCGACCGGUUCCACAAUAAGCCUACCUCGCUUCGUUGUUGUGGAGCCAUCCGAGGCGGACUGCCUCUUACAGAGUGCGAAACACGGGGAGGCUCGCCAGUCUGGAGGAUCCUUGCGCACACUCAUGGCUGGUCUGGCCUGUCGUGCGCCGUCUCCUGUGGCUUUGAAAGUUCUCACCUGGCUUGCGAGCGAUUAUGUGGCCGUCCCUGACUCCAUAGCCGUGGACGGUAUGAAGGCAUUGGCCGACGGAGCAGAGGGUGAUACUCCCGUAGUAUGCGGCGAGUCUUCGGCGGCCAGCAUGGGAGUUAUAUUGGGAUCAAGUGCGGAUCCAUCAUUGCGCGAGAAGCUUGGUCUGAACAGCCCCAGUCAAGUCGUGCUAUUCGGCUUGGAGGGCGCCAGCGAUCCACAAAUUUAUGAGUCCUUGGUCGGGAAGGCUCCCCAGGCCGUCCUCGAGGCCCAGGAUCGCUUCGACGCUCUCUAAGAGUCUGCUUUCGAUUAUGGGCUGGAUUAGAGACAGCCACCCUAAUACAUGUUACUUAGAACUAUACGUAUAUUCACAGAGGACUAGCUGGCUCACGGCUAUAUAAUUCAUUGGCUCAGAC